AUGGGAGGAUGGAAAGAGCAGGGAUGGCUUGGGAGGGGAAAAGGCGGCGCGGGGGGGGAAAGAGCUGAUACAGCAGGGGAAGGGAGUGGCCGGGGUGGGGAAAAGGAGGGGGAGAUGACGGCAGGGGCGGGUGCGGAUGAUGAAGUGCCGCUGUUGGAUGACGAGGAGGUGGCGCGGGCGGACAAGGAGGUCAUUCAGGGUGCCUCCUCAUGCUCUGCCUUCAGGUCCGCUUCUCCUCAUGCUCUCUUCCUUGCCUGCCCAUGCUCGCCAUUUCUUGUGCUUGCAUGGAUCCUUGUUCCUCUCGCAUCCUCUCCCUCUCGCAUGCUCUCCCUGCCGCUAAGCCUGCAAACAGGAAGAAGCAAGCCUGCCUGUUACACGCACUUGAGCAGUGAUAUUUUUGAACUAGCACUGAGAACGGCUGGCCCCGGUCAGGCCACCCGAGCCCACCCCAUUCUAAUUGCGCAGUCCUUCCACAGCUACCAGGUGGCCACCGCUCACUCCGUCCUGCUGCCUCCGGUAUGCCUUCGGCCGCCUCUCCUCUGCCUGCCAGCUGCCCUAUCAUGCGCCCACCAUGUGACUUCACUUGCUACUCUGGCACAGCCCACCACGUGCCUCUCCUCUCCCUUGCCACCACCCGUUUCUCCCUUCCAAUCGCAGCCGCUGUCCUCCAACCGGCGGCAGGACUACUCCAAGGACUCGAGCUACUCCUUUGCCAGCAGCAGCGCUUUCUACACCUGGCUCAAUGACAGCAUCAUUCAGGCCGUAUGGACGGACCCGCAGUGUGGCGAUGGCACAUGCACGCCCCCCAUGGAGGUACCAGCGGUGGGUCGCUUCGGGUGCGCCCUGGACUGCGGGUUGGCCAGCAACGUGACGGCGGUGACGGUGGCGCUGCGCUGGCGCUUUGCAUCCACGGACGCCAUGGCGGCCUCCUCCUGGAACCUCUGCUCCACCUCCAUCCGCGACGUCUGCUGGUUCGAGGGUGCGCAGGUGUUCACGGAGGUGGCAGGCUGGCACACGCUCACGCUGCAGCUGCCAGACAACGACUGGUUCGUCUCACUCACUGCACCGGACGGCGGGGUGAGCGUGUACGUGUACGAGUCACAGCCCACCACCAGCCAGGACGGACCACUGCUGCCUUCAGCCUCCCUCGACGCAGCUGCGGCAGCAGCAGCAUCAGCAGCACCGCCCUCCUCACCCACUCCCGCGCCUCCCCCCUCUAGCGCCGGCGCCCCUGCCUCCUCGCCCUCUGCAGCGCCGUCUCCUUCGGGGGGCGUGAAGGGGAGGGUGCGGCCGUCCAACGGCACGGGCGCUAACGUGCUGCUGGCGCUCAUCGAUGGCUGCGUGGCGGAUGGCGAGAGCGGUCUGCAGCGGUGCAGACAGACUUGUGCCGUUUGGACUCUCUGUCUUCCACAGCUGUGCACCAACAGUAGCAGCAACGGCAGCACUAGCACUAGCACUAGCAGCGGUGAUGCUACGGCUCCUCCCAUGCGGGCGGCCUCCUUGGCUCUGGGCAGCUGCUUCCAGGCCUGCAACGCCAUGCUGCCCCGCACUUCCUUCCUCCCACCUGACAACGUCUCCUGCCCCCAGGCAUUCACUCUCUUCGAGCCUUUCGUCCAGACGCCCUCAUGCACCGGUGCGCCCUCCUGCCCUCCCCACCCUCCUGCCCUCACCACCCUCCUGCCCUCCCCACCCUCCUGCCCUCCCCACCCUCCUGCCCUCCCCACCCUCCUGCCCUCCCCACCCUCCUGCCCUCCCCACCCUCCUGCCCUCCCCACCCUCCUGCCCUCCCCACCCUCCUGCCCUCCCCACCCUCCUGCCCUCCCCACCCUCCUGCCCUCCCCACCCUCCUGCCCUCCCCACCCUCCUGCCCUCCCCACCCUCCUGCCCUCCCCACCCUCCUGCCCUCUCCUCCACCCUCCUGCUCCUCCCCCCCACCCUCCUGCCCUCCCCACCCUCCUGCCCUCCCCACCCUCCUGCCCUCCCCACCCUCCUGCCCUCUCCUCCACCCUCCUGCCCCUCCCCCCCAACCCUCCUGCCCUCCCCACCGUCCUGACCCCACAUUUCGCUAUUUCACGCCCUUCCCACAUCUUUCUCUCUUGCCGUAAUGUUUCCCUCUGCCAUGAACUGCCCCAUGAGGAGUCACGCUGUGUCACCUCUGCCAUUGCCUCGUGUGCAGACAUCCUCUCGGAAACUGCUGUUCCUGAUCAGGCAGCCACAGCAACAGCAGCAGCAGCAGCAGCAGCAGCAGCAGCAGCAGCAGCAGCAGCAGCAGCAGCAGCAGCAGCAGGCCCAUCUUCUUCCCGUCUUCUCCUUUCUGCGUCGAUUCCCGAUAACGCAAAUCAGCAAACCGUCAUGUCAUCUGUCGUCCAGGUCCGUGCACUGCGCUGUCUGCACUGCACUGUCUGCACUGCGCUGUCUGCACUGCCCUGUCUGCACUGCACUGUCUGCACUGCGCUGUCUGCACUGCGCUGUCUGCACUGCGCUGUCUGCACUGCGCUGUCUGCACUGCGCUGUCUGCACUGCGCUGUCUGCACUGCACUGUCUGCACUGUGCUGUCUGCACUGCGCUGUCUGCACUGCGCUGUCUGCACUGCGCUGUCUGCACUGCGCUGUCUGCACUGCGCUGUCUGCACUGCGCUGUCUGCACUGCGCUGUCUGCACUGCGCUGUCUGCACUGCGCUGUCUGCACUGCGCUGUCUGCACUGCACUGUCUGCACUGCGCUGUCUGCACUGCGCUGUCUGCACUGCGCUGUCUGCACUGCGCUGUCUGCACUGCGCUGUCUGCACUGCGCUGUCUGCACUGCACUGUCUGCACUGCGCUGUCUGCACUGCGCUGUCUGCACUGCGCUGUCUGCAGCCCUGUCUGCACUGCGCUGUCUGCACUGCACUGUCUGCACUGCGCUGUCUGCAGCCCUGUCUGCGCUGUCUGCAGCCCUGUCUGCGCUGUCUGCACUGUCUCGACAGCACUGGCAUGGCAUCACACACCUGCCUCUCAGUGGUUCUCUUGGAAUGGAACACUCGUUUAGGACCUGUUAAGAAGCUGCAGGAGACAUAA